AUGUUCGCUCCGAGCUGCCUCGUCCUCCUCGCCGCCGCCCUCGGCGCCUCGGCCAAGCCCGUGCCCGAGACGUGCACGACGACCAUGAUGGCCCCCUUCCCGCAGAUGCAGAUGGGCCCGACGCUGACCGUCUGGCCGACGACGGUGGUCGAGACGGCGGCCGUCGAUUGCGGCGACUGCCUGCUCCAGGUCGGCCACCGCGGUCGGGGACCCGGUCCCGUUCGCCAGAUCACGGCCACCGUCACCGCCGCCGAGCCUUCGACGACGACCGUGUACGAGUGCAAGGCGACGGGAAACUAA